AUGCGGGGUCGUCAUCUCGAUGCCUACUCAGCAUACAAGCGUGUGGCGUCGAAGGACCAUAUCAAUGCUUAUGAUAGAGAAGAAGGUUCAGGUCUAGUAAAUGCAAAAGGUAUUGGAAACCCUUCAUGGAGACGCUCUUUGCCGCAUAUGCUUGUGGCAACUCUUUCUUCAUUCUUAUUUGGCUACCAUCUUGGAGUGGUUAAUGAGACACUAGAUAGCAUUUCUAUGGACCUUGGUUUCAGUGGGAAUCCCUUGGCUAAGGGUCUAGUAGUGAGUACCUGUUUAGGGGCUGCUUUUUUUGGAUCUAUAUUUAGUGGAUGGAUUCUAGAUGGAGUUGGGCAUCGAAGGGCAUUCCAGCUGUGUGCAUUGCCGAUGAUAAUCGGUGCAUCAAUGAGUGCAACAACCAAAAGUCUAUGGGGCAUGCUUUUAGGGAGGAUAUUUGUUGGAACUGGGAUGGGCAUUGGCCCACCUGUUGCUGCUAUCUAUGUGUCAGAGAUUUCACCAGCUUUUGUAAGGGGUACUUUUGGGAGCUUCACACAAAUUGCGACAUGUCUUGGACUUAUGGGAUCUCUCUUUAUUGGACUCCCAGCCAAGGAUAUAGUGGGUUGGUGGCGGGUUUGUUUUUGGGUAUCUACUGUUCCUGCUGCAGUACUUGCUGUUUGCAUGGAGUUCUGUGCAGAGAGUCCUCAGUGGCUUUUCAAGAGAGGAAGAGGCACUGAAGCUGAAGCUGAAUUUGAGAAACUCUUAGGAGCAGCACAUGUUAAAUUUGCAAUAGCAGAAUUGUCAAAGUCUGACAGAGGGGAUGAACUUGAGGCAGUAAAGUUCUCAGAGCUACUGUAUGGCCGACAUUUCAAAAUGGUUUUCAUUGGGUCUACCAUUUUUGCUUUACAACAGCUAUCAGGCAUAAAUGCUGUAUUUUAUUUCUCUUCGACUGUCUUUAAAAGCUUUGGGGUCCCUUCAGAUCUGGCAAACAUAUGUGUUGGGAUCGCGAAUCUAUCAGGGUCAGUUGUUGCAAUGAUCUUGAUGGAUAAGCUUGGAAGAAAGGUGCUUCUUCUUGGAAGUUUUUCUGGAAUGGCAGUGGCAAUGGGUCUUCAAGUAACUGGAGCAAGUUCUUAUGCAUCGGGAUCUGGAGCAUUGAGUCUAUCGGUUGGUGGCAUGCUGCUUGCCCAGUCUCCUCCUGUCAGAAAUUCUUCCGGGGCGUAUCAGGGCGAAGGCAAUGUCGGUUUGCAUGGCUGUCCAUUGGGUAAUUGUCUUCUAUAG